GGAUGGUUGGUCCAUUCAAGUGGCAUGACGCGGCAUAUGAAUAUAUCCCGUGGACCAUGUCAUUCUUUGAGGAAGCCAAGAUCUGUUCGAUUCGGAUCAAUGAAGGUGUGACUCGAAACCGCUCAACUCCUUCAUUCUUCAAUUCUCGGCCCAUUUCACUCUUUGGGAUGGACGAAACCCG